AUGGCUGCAGAGUACCGAGAAGACCUCUCGAAAGGUCCAAUGCUUCGUUUCGAAGAUUCCCUACCCAGACUACCAGUUCCUCCCCUCGAAGAAACCUCCGCCCGGUACCUGAAGAGCCUGCACCCUCUCCUAACCAAAGAGGAGUAUGCUGCCUCGGAAAAGGCUGUCGCUGCACUGAACAAACCAGGAGGCAUCGGCCAGAAGCUGCAAGAGAGGUUAAUAGCAAAAGCAAAAGACCCCAACGUCAAGAACUGGAUAAUUGACUGGUGGAACGAGUCUGCGUACUUGGGCUAUCGUGAUCCAGUGGUGCCGUACGUCUCGUACUUCUACUCAUUCCGCGACGACCGUCGGAGAAGAAACCCUGCGAAACGUGCCGCUGCCAUCACGACCGCGGCCUUGGAGUUCAAGAGACAGGUCGAUGACAAGACUCUGGAACCCGAGUAUAUGCGCAAGAAGCCCAUGGCCAUGAGCAGCUACGAGUACAUGUUCAACACCUCCCGCGUCGCAGCCCUUCCCGUGGAUUAUCCUAUUCAAUACCCUGCCGAGGGCAACGAGCACAUCAUUGUCAUGCGCAACAACCAGUUCUGGAAGGUUCAGACCCAUGUUUCGGGCAGACAGCUCAACACCUCCGAGCUCGAGCUUCAAUUCAACAAGGUCUACAAGAAUGCCCAGCUGGCCGACCCCGUUGGUGCCAUUACGUCUUUCCCCCGCGACCAAGGCGCCACUGCCCGCCAAAACCUUCUGUCCGCGUCUCCUUUGAACGCCGAGGUCCUCAAAGAGAUCGAGUCUUCGUCGUUCAUCGUGUGCCUGGACUCCAGCGCGCCCGUCACCCUUGAAGAGCGUGCUCACGUUUAUUGGCACGGCGACGGCUCGAACCGAUGGUACGACAAGCCUAUCCAAUUCAUCAUCAACGAUAACGGCACCGCCGGCUUCAUGGGUGAACAUUCCAUGAUGGAUGGUACCCCGACUCACCGUCUCUGCGAUACAGUGAAUGCUCUCAUCACUCACAAUAAACUCGACUUCGACAACCCAUCCGUCCGCUCCGACCUGCCCGACCCUGUUGCCUUGAAAUUUGAAACCUCCGCAGCUGUGCUUGACGACCUGGCCGCCGCACAGUCGCAGUUCCGUCAAGUCAUUGGUGCCCACGACCUCCGCGUCCAGGCAUACCAAGGAUACGGCAAGGGACUGAUCAAGAAGUUCAAGUGCUCCCCCGACGCGUACGUGCAGAUGGUCAUCCAGCUGGCCUAUCACAAGAUGUACGGCAAGAACCGACCCACAUACGAAUCUGCCGCCACGCGAAAGUACCAGCUGGGUCGAACAGAAACCACUCGCACAGUCUCGGACGAGAGUGUGGCUUUCUGCAACGCCAUGGCCGACCCCUCUGUCUCCCGCGAAGAAACCGAACGUCUCUUCCGCGCUGCUGUUCAAGCGCACGUGCAAUAUACGGCUGAUGCAAGCGACGGCUAUGGCGUGGACCGUCAUCUGUUCGGUCUGAAGAAGCUCAUCCAACCCGGCGAGGAGACACCUGAGGUCUUUACUGAUCCCGCAUACACCUACUCGAGCACCUGGUACAUCUCGAGCAGUCAGCUGAGUUCCGAGUACUUCAACGGUUACGGCUGGAGUCAAGUUGUGGACCAAGGCUGGGGCAUUGCUUAUAUGAUCAAUGAGAACAGUUUACAAUUCAACAUUGUCUCCAAGAAACUCGGCUGUGAACGGAUGAGUUUCUACCUCAACGAAGCGGCCAGCGACAUCAGAGACAUGCUCCUACCCAGCAUGGAGACGCCCAAGGCCAAGCUGUAA